AUGAAGAUUUGGACCACUCUUUUGAUCCUGGCCGGAGUAGCCUCCGCAACCUCGAUCCAUCACGACAAACAUACAAGGCUAAAGCGGGAUGCUUGCUCUGGAAAUACCGCCAGUGACAGACAGACCUGGUGCGACUACGACGUGAGCACCAACUACUACGAUGUCGUCCCCACCACCGGCGUGACCAGAGAGUAUUACUUCAACAUCGAAGAUGUCACAGUUGCUCCCGAUGGCUACUCUCGUGCAGCAAUGGCAGUCAACGGGACAAUUCCAGGCCCUACCAUCAUAGCUGACUGGGGCGAUGAUGUUAUCGUUCAUGUCACCAACAGUCUGACCUCAAAGAAUGGAUCUAGCAUCCAUUUCCACGGCAUCCGCCAGAACUAUACCAACCAGAACGACGGUGUUGUAUCCAUUACUCAAUGCCCUACUGCUCCGGGACAGACAACAACCUACAAGUGGAAAGCUACACAAUAUGGCACAUCAUGGUACCAUUCUCACAUUGGGUUGCAAGCCUACGAAGGUGUCUUCGGUGGAAUUGUGAUCAACGGUCCUGCCACUGAGAACUAUGAUGUGGACAAAGGAGUUUUGUUCCUCAAUGAUUGGAGUCACCAGACUGUUGAUCAACUCUGGUACUCUGCCGAGGCCAAUGGCCCGCCUACAUUAGACAAUGGUCUCAUCAACGGUACCAAUGUGUAUGGAGAUGACGAUUCAACGACCCAGACAGGCCAUCGCUUCAACACAUCAUUCACUGCAGGCACUUCUUAUCGCUUCCGUCUUGUGAACGCUGCGGUAGAUACCCACUUCAAGUUCUCAAUUGACAACCAUACUCUGACGGUGAUGGCUAUGGACUUGGUACCUAUCGAGCCAUUUACCACAACUAUCUUGAACAUCGGCAUGGGUCAGCGGUACGAUAUUGUGGUCAGCGCAGACCAAUCCACCGGAAGUGACAGUUUCUGGAUGCGCGCAAUUCCCCAAGCCGCCUGCUCCGACAAUGACAGCGCAGACAAUAUCAAAGGCAUCGUUUAUUAUGGCAGCACAAUAUCCACUCCCACCACCACCGAAUACACGUACACCGACAGUUGCGACGACAUGGACAUCUCUGAUCUCGUCCCGUAUCUGGCCCAGAGCGCAUCGGAACCAUACUACAACUCCAGCGAACCAGUCACACUAGGCACAAACUCCGAUAGCUACUUCCGCUGGCAGCUGAACGGGACAGCAAUGCAAGUAUACUGGGAUAACCCGACACUCCUGCAAGUCUGGAAUAACGACACGACAUUCACCGAGGAGAGCGGCGUAAUUGUGCUCCCGACCGCAGACAAGUGGUCCUAUGUUGUCAUCGAAACUACCCUGGCUGUCCCGCAUCCUAUCCACUUGCACGGCCACGACUUCUUUGUCAUCGCGCAGGGAACGGGCACGUACAGCUCCUCCGAUGACACGAGCUUGACGAACCCGCCCCGCCGGGAUGUGGCCAUGCUCCCGGCCUCUGGGUACCUUGCCAUUGCGUUCAAGACUGACAAUCCCGGAGCUUGGCUGAUGCAUUGCCAUAUUGGAUGGCAUACUUCGGAGGGCUUUGCUAUUCAGUUCUUGGAGAGGUAUGAUGAGGCGCGGGCCCUGAUUGAUUAUGAUACUUUGAAUUCUACUUGUGAGGCGUGGGAUGCAUAUGUCACAGAGAGUUCGGUCGAGGAGGAGGAUGAUGGCAUAUAG